UGCGAGACUGCGAUGGAGUAUAUUUGUAAGACGGAGGAAGGAAAAGAAAAUCCGAAUUAUAAUGAGUGACCCAUUUAAACUGUUGGCGGGUCUCUUUAUUAAUACCCCAGCCCGCCCGUUUUAGCCACCCCCAAUCUCACAAAUUACCGGCUACUUCCCGAUGGAGUCACAAACCCUAAUUUCAACCCACCACCAUCCUCCCAUCGAUCCUCCGCCACCCUCCGACGAGAAUACAUCAGCUCCCCCUGAUUCAACUCAUUCUCAUCCUUCUCACCCUCCCCUCAAUCCUCCGCCACAAUCCGCCGAUAAAAUCGGAGUUCCUACCGAGUCAAACCCGGCCGAGUUACCACCGAGUCAAGACCAGAAACCAAAUAAGUCGCAACAAGUAUCCGAUAACGGCAGCGCUAAUGAUAAUGGAAAUUCCGGUGAAGCAAAUGGACGCCGCCGCCGCCGGAGCCGGUGGGAGCCACUGCCUGCGGACUCGAAUGGAGAGACUAAGAAGCGGAAGUCACGGUGGGCUGAUGACGAGCCGACGCCGGUGUUUCAGUUGCCUGAUUUUAUGAAAGAUUUUGCUCAAGGUAUCGAAAUCGACCCCGAAAUUCAGCUUUUAAAUGCUAGGUUACUUGAGAUUAGUAAAAUGCUACAGACUGGUGUGCAAUUAGAUGAUCGUCCCGAAGGUGCUAGGUCGCCUUCGCCUGAACCUGUUUAUGAUAAUUUUGGUGUUAGGGUUAAUACUAGAGAGUUUCGAGCUAGGGAGAGGCUUAAUAAGGAGAGACAGGAUAUAAUUACGCAGAUUAUUAAGAGGAAUCCUGCAUUUAAACCACCUGCUGAUUAUAGGCCACCGAAGCUUUAUAAGAAGUUGUAUAUUCCUAUGAAGGAGUAUCCGGGGUAUAAUUUUAUUGGAUUGAUUAUUGGGCCGAGAGGGAAUACACAGAAGAGGAUGGAGAAGGAGACAGGAGCGAAGAUUGUGAUUAGAGGGAAGGGGUCGAUUAAGGAAGGAAGGUUUGGACAGAAGAGGGAUUUGAAGUUUGAUCCUUCUGAGAACGAGGAUUUGCAUGUUUUGGUGGAAGCGGAUAAUCAGGAGUCGCUUGAUGCUGCUGCAGGGAUGGUGGAGAAGCUUUUGCAGCCGGUUGAUGAAGUGUUGAAUGAACAUAAGAGACAGCAGCUCAAGGAACUUGCAGCGUUGAAUGGAACAAUUAAGGAUGAGGAGUUCUGUAGACUGUGUGGUGAGGCUGGGCAUAGGCAGUAUGCUUGUCCUUCGAGAUUGUCUACUUUUAAGAGUGACGUUUUGUGUAAGAAUUGUGGUGAUGGUGGACAUCCGACUAUUGAUUGUCCUAUGAAAGGGGCAGCUGGGAAGAAAAUGGAUGAUGAGUAUAAGAACUUUUUGGCGGAAUUAGGAGGAACUAUGCCAGAGUCUUUUACUAAAGAGAGUACACCUUUGGCUAUUAUGGGUUCAAAUAAUUCUGGAAGCAAUCCUCCUUGGUCCAGCAACAACAGUUCUGCAAGUAUUGGGAGCUCACUACAUCCUGGACUAGGAAGCAAUGUGACGAAGGUUGGAAAAGAAAUUGAUGACACGAACCUAUAUAUAGGCUACUUGCCAUCAACAGUUGAAGAUGAUGAAUUGAUUAGACUGUUUCAGCCUUUUGGUGAUAUAGUAACAGCCAAGGUUAUAAAAGAUAAAAUUAGUGGAUUGCAUAAAGGAUAUGGGUUUGUCAAGUAUUCUGAUGUUUCUCAAGCCAAUCAGGCAAUUGCUAGCAUGAAUGGUCAUCAUAUAGACGGAAGAGCAAUUGCUGUUAGAGUUGCAGGAAAGCCUCCUCAACCUGUUGUACCCCCUGGACCUCCUGCUCCUCCUGUUCGUGCUUAUCUUGGCCCAAGCCAAGGAUAUAAUGGAUACCCACCCCAGCUAAUGCAAUCAGGUGGUCCUCCUGUAAUCGCAACACCUGGAAGUUACACUGGUGCUCCAGUUCCUUGGGGCCCUCCUCCUCCCUAUGCUUCUUACAUUCCUCCCCCUCCUGGAUCUAACAUGUACACCUCGUAUCAGCCUCCACCAAUUCCUCCCUAUGGUAUACAAUAUCCCCCAACUCAAGUUGCUACCUCUGGUGCUCUGGCUCAAACCUUCAUUUCUACUGAACUCCAACAGAGCUACUCUACUGGAAUGCAAUCUCAGGAGGAUACACUUGCAUCCAAUAACAUUUAUGGAAAUUCAUCCGUUGGUAUGCCACCAAACUCACAGCCACCAUACCUUGCAUCUUCUCUGGGUCACCCUUCCUAUUGCACUUUAAAUCCUCCACCUCCACCUGUGAAUGCAGAAAAUCCGCCAAUGCCUCCACCUGCGCCGCCUGCAGAACAAAAUACACAGAGUACUUGUGGUGCAGAAUCGGAGUACGAUAAAUUUAUGGCUGAGAUGAAAUGAGAAGGUAGUCUGCUGACAUCCUUUCAUCCAAUGAUGAGGUUUCUUGGAGCUCUUGUCAGCAUAUUUUCUUUCGCGUUGCUUAUAAGUUCAAGUUUCUGGCUCACUUCUUUACUCUUGCUGUGCUAAUGUUCCAAUUGCAGAAUCCACUUUGACAAAUCCAGCGGAAUGGUGCUAUUAUAGUUCACGAUAAUCAAUGAGUUGGGAUGGUUGCAUUACUUAUUUUUUUUAUCUCAGGGAUAUAAUACUAAUAAAUUAUUGAUAUUGUUCUGAUUCUGACGAACUUAUUGUUCAUUGUUUUGGCUCUUGUACUUCACGAGAUUCUUUUUCAGUACUCCAAGAAAUUAUCCACCCCCUCCCCCAGUAUCAUGUAUUCUCAUAUAUAUACAUGUAUGUGUGUGUGUAUUUGUUGUGAACGGUUAUACUUAUUUACUUUGUUGAACCUCAGUGAUGCCUGACAGAUGUUUAAUCAACCUUGAUCUUUGAGGCUAAAAGGUAUAUAUGCACUGAAACAUAUCUCUAUUAUAAAUUCAUAUUGUGAACCUGAGACCUGGUACUUGCAUAUCGGCUUCGGAACUGUCUAUCAUGGGAUUAACAGUUUUUGCAUCAGACUUGUCUUCAUGUUAUACUUGUUUUUUCAGGACAUGGCCUUGUGCAGAGACUUGACACAUAUUGCUAGCAUUUAUCCAUUGGAUCCUGGGAGUAUCUAAUAAGUAGUAUUAUAGUUGUUUCAUGGGUGUUAAUUUGGCUAUUUUAUUAACAAUCUCAUUUGAUACUUAGUCCUGGUCUAAGUGACAUUUAUUCAUCUGACAUCUCUUGAGCUUUUUGCUGAUAUAUCGUAUACUUAGGUCUUGUGAAUGACAAAGAAAUUCAGUGGAUUUCAAGCCAUAGCCUUUGCACGGCUCCUGUCUGGCUUUGCUUUUUGUGAAGCUAAUUUUGGUGAACAUUUACGACCUUGGCUUCUAUUUAUUGCUGGAGUCUUGGGCUUUAGCCAGUGGCGCAGGUUUUGUUAAAGAUGCUACCUGUAGAUGUGGAAUGUUUUUCUUUGAAUUGAUUGGAAAACAGAACAAGUACACUCUUGUUUCGUUUUAGUCUUCUUGUAUUGAACCUGAGUUUGAAGUUCAUACCCAACCUCAAGUAUUUUAUCUGAA